CGAGAGUCAUGUUGACCGCCAUAUGUAUGCAGUAGCCAACAAUGCAAAAAUGGAUGAAGAAAUUGAGCGAUUAAAAUCAAAUGUUGGUGCUUACAUGAAGGCAAUGGCAAGAACUGUUCCCAUCAGUUGGGUGGACUUUCAAACUAAGGUACAAGAAGCUGGGAAGACAACAAUGCGCAUGUCCUUGAAAAAGGUCACUGAGAUUGCUGUGGAAUGUGGUAUUAAGGAAGAAAACCUAAUUUACGUCCUCAAUUACCUGAAUGAUCUUGGAGUCAUUCUGUACUCGCCCACUAACAAGAAGUUGAAGAACACAGUGAUUACUAACAUCCAUAUGCUGAUUGGUGUCUUCAUGAAAAUCAUCACAGAUGUAGAACCUGGUGAUGCUGACAAGGUUCCAGUGAUAGCAAAGUUUUGGCGUAAAUUAGAUAAAGAAGGGAUUCUUGCAGAACCCUUACUGCGUUAUUUGUGGGAAAAUGAACUUACUGCCAGUGAAGAUGAUGAUGACGUCAUCUUUGAAGACUUCAUUGAACUUAUGAAGGAAUUUGGACUACUCUUUAAAAAGAACGCAUCAGAAGAUGACCCACGAUGUUUUGUCGUCCCUUCACGGAUGAAGACCGAGCCUAAUAAUAGAUUGGAGAUUAAGAAAGACGAUGAGCAGACAGUAUCCAUCUAUGUGACGCCUAAAGACUUUCUCCCUGACACCGUCUAUAAUCUCUUGGUCGUUAGAUUUGUAAGCCUGUGUCAGGAUAGAGGAGGUUUUGAUGAUCCAAAGCUGUUUCAGAAUAAGUCUGAAAUAGCAUUCGAUGAUAGUCAUUACCUGAGAUUAGGUCGGAUAUUCAUUGACAGUAAACAGUGUUUAAAGCUUGAAAUAUCUCGGAUGAAAGAGCGAGACGCAGACGGUGCAGACAAGCCAGCAUGCAAGCCACAUCCCGACAUCUGUAAGGAGGUUUUGGAUGUUUUAAAGCAAAACCUAGAUGAGGUAUAUCCGUCUAAGAAAGUUGUUGGCUAUACUCUGAACAUACUUUGUUUAGUAUGUUCAACUCCGGAGAAACCACACUUUCAGGAACUUGAGAAGUGCUUAAAGUACAAGAAUAUGACUUGUGAUAAAACAGGUGAACGUAUAGCAAUGUCAACAGCUAAUGUACAGAAUCUAUUUGUAGCAG